CGUGCAGUUUACAAGCUGGCGGGCGCAUGCGCUCUAUGCCGCCGUCUCAUUUGUGAUAAGCUGUGCCGUUCUAAAAAUGGAAAGUUCACUGUCCACACUCCAUAGAUUUAUUUAUUUUAUUAGCUAGAAAACAAUCAACAACUAUGUGACAGUAGUGGGAAGUGGAAUGCCAGUGGAUUUGUCGUGGUGAGGUAAUAAAUUUCCCUGAAGAGACUAUUGUGCGGCAGGAGUGGAUAUUCUACCAUUGGCGGUCAUUCCAGGUCAUGCAUUGACGUCAUGGAUAAUAAGUCCAGUAAUCGAGUAGAACUAGAUACGUGUGAAAACUGUUCAAAGUUGUCUUUGAACGGUGAUGAUGAUAAAACUGCAGCUAUGGUAUCACAAGCAGAGAUUUGGCAGGAAGAUAAAAAAUUCACUGUGUAUAAAGUUGUAAUUUGGUCACGGAAUGAAACUUGGCAUGUAUUUAGGCGAUAUAAUGAAUUCUAUAAACUUAAUGAAGUACUAAAGAAACAGGUGCCAGACUCAAACUUAAAAAUACCAGGUAAGAAAUUGUUUUGUAACAACAUGGAUCCCUCACUCAUUGCCUCUCGCCGGGAAGGUCUUGAUCAAUUUGUACAUCAUUUAAUGCAUCAAAACAAUUUACUAAACAUAAGCGAAGUCCGCAUAUUUUUUAACUUGGAUACUAAAGUUAAAGAACCAGACAGACCAAACCUUUUAAAGUGCCCUGGUACCAUAAAUUUAGGACCUUCAGAAAGACCAUCUGCUAAUCCAUCAGAUUUUGUAUUUCUACGUAUUAUUGGGAAAGGCAGCUUUGGUAAAGUUUACUUGGCUGAACACAAAACUGAAUCCAUUCAUUUUGCUAUAAAAGUAUUAGAUAAAAAGCACAUACUUGCAAGAAAUGAAGUUAAGCAUAUCAUGUGUGAACGCAAUGUCCUACUGAAAAAUGUUAACCACCCUUUUUUAGUUGGCCUUCACUACAGCUUCCAAACCAAAGAUAAACUUUACUUUGUACUUGAUUUUGUAAAUGGCGGAGAGUUGUUUUAUCAUUUACAAAAAGAAGUCAGAUUCUCAGAAUCUCGAGCUAAGUUCUAUACAGCUGAAAUAGCAUCUGCCCUUGGUUAUCUCCACUCUAAUGGUAUUAUUUAUAGAGAUCUCAAACCAGAAAACUUGUUACUUGACCAAGAAGGACAUUUGGUCCUUACUGAUUUUGGGUUUUGUAAGGAAGGGCUCAUCGGAACUGAAACUACAAAUACAUUUUGUGGAACUCCUGAAUACCUUGCUCCUGAAAUAAUUAGAAAAGAAGCAUAUGGCAGAUCAGUUGACUGGUGGUGUCUUGGUGCAGUACUUUAUGAAAUGUUAUUUGGACUCCCACCAUUUUAUAGCUUAAAUGUGCAAGAAAUGUAUAAUUUAGUUUUGCAUAGUAGAUUAAAAAUAAAAGGACCUGUUUCGUCACAAUGUAAAAAUUUAUUGCACAAGUUAUUGGAAAAAGAAACCAAUAAAAGAAUUGGUAGCAAUGUUCAAGAUUUUAAUGAGGUUAAAAAACAUCCAUUUUUCAAAACAAUCAAUUGGGAUGAUUUAUUGAAUAAACGAAUUACACCACCUUUUCAACCACAAUUGAAUGGAACAUGUGAUUUGCAAUAUAUUGAUCCACAGUUUACGAAGGAAUCUGUCAGUUCGUCCAUGUCGUCGUUUUGUGAUGAAAAACUUUCUACUAGUAAACAGGACAUAGAUAAUGUGUUUGCUGGUUUCUCCUACACUCCUCUAUCUAGUUUAGAUUAAUAAUAAUCAAACAACAAUCGUUCCUAUCCUUAGUUAUUUUUACAUAUUUAAUCGACUUGUGAUUGGCUCACAAAGACUUACUAUCUACAACUUUUUAUUACCUACUUCCUACACAAAAAGUUUUAUUUUUAGUAAAUAGCUGUUAUUCUGCAAUAUUUAAAUUGAUUUAUUCAUGUUUUUAAGAAGCAAUAAAUUAUAUAUUCUAAAUAAAUUAGCAAUAACAUUCCAUUUUUAAUACACCAGCACCCGCGUGUGUUCAUACAUUAAUUUUGCAGCUUGAUUAGUCAGGGUUUUUAAUAAGAACAAUCAAAAACAUAUUAGUUAAAAUAUAUUAUUAAUUAAUAAUAGAUACUUAAUAUGAUAGUUAAUUGUAAUUCACUGCCAAAAUGAUGCAAUGUAAAAAAAAAUUUUUAAUUUUUAAAAAUGAUCUGUGAUUUAUUACAUUUUUUUUUUGUUUUGUUUACGGAAUCAUCUAUUUUCGUGCUUUAAAAUCAUAUUCUUGGUCACUGUUGUACCAUAAAAACUGUGAGUUUAUAACAUUUAAUACGAUUUAAAUGUAAAUAACUAUAUAUCAAUAUGUUAUCACUGAAAGAAAUAUAAAAUAAAAUUAUAA